AUGUCAGCCCAGAUCCUGUGUGCCUCACCCUUGCCCCAGAGAGGGAGUUCUCCCGUUCUUUUCUCCCAGUCUGACCAGCGUCUGACCAGAUUCAGUGGCGUGGUCCCCAUCUUAGUGCAAAGCAAGGACGCUCACAUUCUGUGCUCAGAGGUGAUGAAUCUGCUGGCAAAAGGGGCUGUAGAAACGGUUCCUCCAGCUCAGAGUGAAUCGGGCUUCUACCACCACUACAUCCUCGUCCCCAAGAAAGAUGGUGGUCUCCGGCCCAUCCUCUAUCGCAGACGCCUGAAUCACGCCCUCAUGAAGAGGAUGUUCAGGAUGACUACACUGGAAUCUGAUCACUCAGGAGACUGGUUCUUUUCCCUGGACCUGAAGGAUGCAUACUUUCACAUGCAGAUAGCCCCCCCAUCACAGGCGUUUCUUGAGAUUUGCUUUCAAGGGAGUGGCUUAUCAAUACACAGUCCUUCCCUUCGGGCUGUCCAUGGCCCCCCGCACUUUUACGAAGUGCAUAGUCGCGGCUCCUGUCUGUCUCAGAGGGGAAUCUGCAUUCUCAACUACCUCAACAACUGGCUCAUUCCGGCCCAGUCAGAGAGGCGCCUUCCUUUCUCCCCUCUGUUCCUGCUUUCUUUCUGUCUUCAGACGCGUGUCCUUUUCUCCCGCAGACGCAGAGCCGCGCGCAAAGAUGUCAAGGAUCCCGAGUCGCGGUCAGAAGAGCCGGAGCCGGAGGAGGAGCAGGACCCCUGGGACCUGCCGGAGCUCCGGGACACCGGGCUGAAGUGGUCAGAUCUCGACACGAAGGGGAAAGUUCUGCGCGUCCUCAAGUCCUAUCGUGAAGUUGCAUUCUCCUGGCUGGUUUUGCUCUAUGUGUUCGUCUGCUCUCUGGACAUCUGAGCUCCGCUUUCCACGCUUGUAGGAGGGAAGGCAGCUGGCGAUAUCUUCCAGGACAAUGCGGUUCUGUCGAACCCUGUGGCUGGUCUGGUGAUUGGAGUCCUGGUCACUGUUCUGGUUCAAAGCUCAAGCACCUCGUCCUCCAUUGUGGUCAGCAUGGUGUCGUCUGGAUGUGAUGUGGAGGUGAAGUCUGCAGUGCCAAUCAUUAUGGGUGCUAAUAUCGGCACUUCUGUGACCAACACCAUUGUGGCUGUGAUGCAGGCGGGGAGACCGCAGAACGAAGUUUUCGCGGCAUUUGCUGGAGCUACGGUCCAUGAUUCUUUUAACUGGCUGUCUGUCCUGGUGGGUGUGUUGCCUCUGGAGGUGGCUUCAGGAUACCUCUACAGACUCACCAAACUUAUAAUUGAUUCCUUUAACAUCCAGACGGGUGCAGACGCUCCAGACCUUUUAAAGGUCAUCACUGAACCCCUCACCAAGAAUAUCAUUGAGCUGGACAAAUCUGUGAUCCGUGACGCCACUGGAGACCCUGCUGCCCGAAACAAAAGUCUGGUUAAGAUUCUGGUUGUUAAAACAGAAAAAAUCACGGGUGAGAAGAACCUCGUGAAUAUAACGGGUAAUGGAUUUGCAAAACGCACGCCUGGCGCCAUUGCGGGAGACGAGGAAGGACAGAUCUGGAAUCAACGAGAACCAAACAGAAAAAACAACAACUUGGGAAACUGUAAGUGCCUAUGCUUGCUUUCUAAUAUACCUGACCUAGCGGUGGGCUUGAUUCUGUUGGCUCUGUCGUUGCUGGCCCUCUGCACCUGCCUGAUUCCUGUAUCGUCAAGCUGACAACACUCCAUGUUGAAGGGUCAGGUGGCGGUCGUCAUCAAAAAGGUGCUCAACACAGAUUUCCCUUUCCCCUUCGCCUGGGUCACUGGAUACAUCGCCAUCCUUGUUGGAGCCGGAAUGACCUUCAUUGUUCAGAGAAGCUCUGUCUUCACCUCAGCCAUCACUCCACUAGUCGGUAUUGGUGUCAUUAGCCUUGAGAGGGCGUAUCCACUCACACUGGGCUCCAACAUUGGCACAACAACCACAGCUAUUCUAGCUGCCCUCGCCAGUCCUGGAGAGACACUGGCGAACUCUCUACAGAUUUCUCUCUGUCACUUCUUCUUCAACAUUAGUGGUAUUCUGCUCUGGUAUCCCAUCCCCGUUACACGCAUCCCUAUCCGAUUAGCCAAAGCCUUGGGCAAAACCGUCACUGCCAAGUACCGCUGGUUUGCAGCACUGUAUCUCAUCCUGAUCUUCCUCCUCUUCCCGCUGUUAGUCCUGGCCUCUCCCAUCGCAGGGUGGCAGGUCUUGGUGGGGGUCGGAGUGCCUGUGGUGGUCUUGGCGAUCUUUGUGGUCGUGGUAAACAUUAUGCAGAAACGCUGCCCACGUUUCCUGCCAUCAUUCCUCCGCAGCUGGGACUUCCUGCCCAAACCGCUACACUCCCUCAAACCCUGGGACAAAGUGGUGACUGCCGGCAUGAGCUUCUGCAGGACUCGCUGCUGCUGCUGCUGCAAGUGCUGCAAAGAAAAAGAGAAGGAUGAAGAGAAGGAUGACAUGAAAACCAAGGAUAAGACUUUAGAGAUGUAUGACAACCCUGCACUCACUAUAGAGGAUGAGGCCAAAGUCAAAGUAACAGCGACACAUUUAUAAUGCAUUAUUUAUAACAAAAUGUGUAUUUCUGGUAAUGCUCAAACACGGCACAUUGGGUCCAUGUGCAACUUUGUUGUUGAUGACUGCAACAUUUAAUCACUACAUUUAAAUCUAUGCAAAAUAAUGGAGUUCAAUUAAGCUGCAUUUACACUAGGACAAGAAAAAAAUCGAAUUUUGUUGCACAUGCUUAAACAAGAAUCUGCACGAGAUCCGUUUUUUUUUUUUUUUUUGCAUUUGAUCUGGGCCACUUCCAAAUGUGGACUUUUAUUCGGAUACAUAUCUGAUAUCUGGACAUCGACCUGCAUCUAAAACACACACAUACGAUUCCCCACAGAACUCCGAGCCACCACAAUAUGAUGGCGACACAUAUGCCAAUAUGCCGGAGUGCUGUAUAUGUGCUUGCAUUUUGAGGGUGGGAAUUUUAUGUGGAAAUUGCGCAAAAUUGAGGAGCUGUUUAUGUUAUUAAACCAACAAGCUUCAUUAGGAUACUCACUAGCGUGUUCUCUCUCUCUGUCGUUAAUUCAUUCAAAUUAAAUAUUAUCUUACAGCGCUACUAUUUCACUCUCAGAAUUCUACAUCUAACAAGCUGUAGAUAAAAUAACAUAAUUACUGUUAUUUUCCAGUCUUUAUCCGUUCAGUCAGAUUUUGUGCGGCAAAACCUCCGUGACAGCUGUUGUCCAUGCUGGCAAAUAAUGUCUACUCGAU